CAGUUUAUAGUUCCUCGUAUGUAUUAUCUAUGCGUGCUGGGAUUAAUGAUGUGAGCUACCAUGCCCAGCUCUUAAUAACUGAUGUCAUGAGUAUGUUACGCUCAUACAUAGAAUGUUUGUAUCUUUUUACAAUGUUAGAAUUUAUUUAUUUAUUAUUAGGGAGUGCAUUGGUAUAUUACUUUGUUGUUGGAGUGUUUAUUUGCCUACAGGCUACAAACUCUGGGUUAGACUUCAAGGACUGCAUAAUUGGGUGUGGUAAUUCCGGAAUUCUGGAGGUAGAGUCAGGAGUAACAGAAAUUCAAGGCCAUUGUUGAUAACUCUUCAAGGCCUGCAGGGGGUACUUUGCUGCCUUCUCUCAAAAACAAACAAACAGAAAAUCAAAAAGAAAGAAAAAAAGAUUCACAAGUUUUUGUUGCCUCUAAUUUGUAAAGUCAUAUUUGCCAUGAGCUAGCUAUUGCAAACCCAGGUUCUUUGAUCCCAAUCUUAAUUACUUAAAUCACACUGCAUACUGUGCAGUGAUGACCACAUACUGGAACCCACACUAACACACACAUCAUCACAGAAUGCAGUAAAGGAGGUGCAGGGCGUUCAGGCAGUUCUCAGAGGCCUUCCUGGAGGCAGAGGUGGAAGCUGAAGCAGAUGGAGCUGCAGGAGCCAAACAAAGCAGGGCUGCUGGGUCAGAGUUGAUCCAUCCCAGGCUUCAGGGUUGAGUUGAGCUGCAGAGGUGAUGUCUGGAACCAUGGAGGCAAUCCAGGGUAGCUCUUUGUACAGUUGCUGUUGUGUGGAAGGAUGCUCUUUUCCUGAUAGAAGAUGAUGAUCUUGGAGGAUGACCAUGGAGAAGGGGAUGAGUUCUGGAGAAGGACUGCCUUCCAGAGCACCUCAGGCAUCCGCUGCUAAAGUCACAGUCAAGGAAUCAGAAACAAGGCAGCCUUGUGAGGAGAAACGAGGGGGCUUUGUGCUGGUGCAUGCAGGUGCAGGUUAUCAUUCAGAAUCCAAAGCCAAGGAAUAUAAACAUGUAUGCAAACGAGCUUGUCAGAAGGCAAUUGAGAAGCUGCAGGCCGGUGCUCUUGCAACAGAUGCAGUGACUGCAGCUCUGGUGGAGCUUGAGGAUUCUCCAUUUACAAAUGCAGGAAUGGGAUCUAAUCUGAAUCUCUUAGGAGAAAUCGAGUGUGACGCCAGCAUAAUGGAUGGGAAAUCCUUGAAUUUUGGAGCAGUUGGAGCACUGAGUGGAAUCAAGAAUCCAGUCUCAGUUGCAAACAGACUCUUGUGUGAAGGGCAGAAGGGCAAGCUCUCUGCAGGCAGGAUUCCUCCCUGCUUUUUAGUUGGAGAAGGAGCCUACAGAUGGGCAGUGGAUCAUGGGAUACCCUCUUGCCCUCCUAGCAUCAUGACCACAAGAUUCAGCUUAGCUGCAUUUAAAAGGAACAAGAGAAAAUUAGAACUGGCAGAAAGGGUGGAAACAGACUUCAUCCAGCUAAAGAAAAGAAGACAAUCAAGUGCAAAGGAAAAUGACUCAGGCACCUUGGACACAGUGGGUGCUGUGGUUGUCGAUCAUGAAGGGAAUGUCGCUGCUGCUGUCUCCAGUGGAGGCUUGGCCUUGAAACAUCCAGGGAGAGUCGGGCAGGCUGCUCUUUAUGGAUGUGGCUGCUGGGCUGAAAAUACUGGAGCUCAUAACCCCUACUCCACAGCUGUGAGUACCUCAGGAUGUGGAGAGCAUCUUGUGCGCACCAUACUGGCUAGAGAAUGUUCACACGCUUUACAAGCUGAAGAUGCUCACCAAGCUCUGUUGGAGACUAUGCAAAACAAGUUCAUCAGUUCACCUUUCCUUGCCAGUGAGGACGGCGUGCUUGGUGGAGUGAUCGUUCUCCGGUCAUGCAGAUGUUCUUCAGAGUCUGACUCCUCCCCAAAUAAGCAGACACUUCUAGUGGAAUUUCUGUGGAGCCACACUACAGAGAGCAUGUGCGUAGGAUAUAUGUCAGCCCAGGAUGGAAAAGCCAAGACUCACAUUUCAAGACUCCCUCCUGGUGCUGUGGCAGGACAGUCGGUUGCCAUCGAAGGUGGAGUGUGCCGCCUGGAGAGCCCAGUGAACUGACUCCGGGCUCAAUGUAAAGUGUCUGAGAGGCAUUUCAAAACCUGACCUUUGGACUAUUUAAUUGAACUUGGGUGUUUUAUCUUCCUUGUUUUGUAAUUCCUAUUGCAACCUCGGGCACUGCUUGGGACACAAGUGCUGCUAUACUUAGUGCUGGUUGACACUCGAGUCUUUGAUGGGUGAACGGGAGCAUGUGUGGGUGUGUAUCUGUGUCCAGUUUGUGUGCUUGCUUCUCCCUGAUGGGACAGGAUCUCCUCAAGUGUAACCUAUGACUGAGAAUGAUCAAAUCUUUACAAAAUGUGUGCUUUAACUGUUUACAAGUAAAACCUAAAGUUGUAGAAAACUUUAAUUUCAUAAAAAGGUACCAACUGUGGUUGAUACAAUGUGUCUGAACUGAAGAGUGAAUCUCCUUGUUUAAAUGACUUGGCCUUCAUUGCGGACCAUUUAAUAAGAGUAAUCAAUAAUAUGGUGUCAGUUUAAGUGGUUGGUGUGGUAACUUAAACUGUGUUCUCAUCCCUCAUACAGGGCAUUUUUCCUUGAACAAAGAAUGGUUUCAGUGAAACAGUCUAGUGGAGAAUUAAGGUCAGAACCUUUUAAAGUAAUAGUCUUAUUGAUAAAGUUUGUGCUUCUUUCCUGAGCUAUUUGAAGCUUAAGUAUUGCAUAGCUUUGCGCCGUGUGUACUGUAUUAUGAAAGGAUAUGUAAAGAGAAUGUUCAGUAAUACACAGUCUUAAUUUGUGUAUAAUGGAAUGUUAUUUACAAUGUAACACUGUAAAUAAGAAAGCAAAGUUUAUGGGAAAAUUCAAUAUCUUUGUUUCUUGUUUAAAUAUAUUUUUAAGAUAAAGGUACAAAAAUAAAAGCAUAUUACUGGGCA